AGCCCCGCACGUGUUCCAGCCUCAAGCUUCCGCUGGCGCUGGAGUUUCUUGAGAAUGCAAACCGAGAUGGAGGCACAGAGUCCCUUGGCCGAGGCCGGCUUCACCCAGGUCACCCGAAAAGGUAGCCGGCGGGCGAAGAAACGGCAGGCUGAGCAGCUGUCCGCGCCGGAGGAGGGCGGGGACGCGUCCCGCAUGGACACCGAGGAGGCCCGGCCCGCCAAGAGGCCCUUCUUCCCGCCCCUCUCCGGGGACGGGUUUCUGGGUGGGAAAGAAGAAACCAGAAAAAUUCCAGUCCCAGCUAACAGAUACACUCCCUUAAAAGAGAACUGGAUGAAGAUAUUUACUCCUAUUGUGGAGCAUUUGGGACUUCAGAUACGCUUUAACUUGAAAUCGAGGAAUAUAGAAAUCAGGACUUGUAAAGAAACCAAAGAUGUUAGCGCUCUGACAAAAGCAGCUGAUUUUGUGAAAGCCUUUCUUCUUGGGUUUCAGGUAGAGGAUGCACUUGCCCUCAUUAGGUUGGAUGACCUCUUCCUAGAGUCUUUUGAAAUUACAGAUGUUAAGCCCUUAAAGGGAGACCACCUGUCGAGGGCAAUAGGAAGAAUCGCUGGCAAAGGAGGAAAAACCAAAUUCACCAUCGAGAACGUGACACGGACGCGGAUAGUUUUAGCUGAUGUGAAAGUUCACAUCCUCGGUUCUUUCCAAAACAUCAAGAUGGCAAGAACUGCCCUCUGCAACCUCAUCCUGGGAAAUCCUCCAUCAAAGGUUUAUGGCAAUAUUCGUGCUGUGGCUAGCAGAGUGGCAGACCGAUUCUGAUUUCAAAUCAGAGACUUCUCAUCUUGUCUUUGAACUCUAGAGAAAAAGCCUUUCCCCUCUACAAGUGGUCACCAGACACCAUGUGAAGAACUUUUCAGUCAUGGAUACCAUUAUUUAUACUAGCACAUUAAGUAUAAUUUAUUUUUUCCAUUUUAAAUCACAUGUAGAUUUGCAUAGUUUAUAAUCCUCUCAUUUGGAGGGAAACAUUUAAAAAAACAGUUCUAUAUUAGCUUCUAAUUUUUUGUUUAUAAAUUUAUAAAAAGUUAUUUCUUCUCUAUGAGUUGUAAUAAAAGAAUUAUCUCAGAAAACCUC